CCUGCACGUAUGUCCUUUAAUGGUGCUGUGGAUGAGGACAUCGUAACGGAAACAUGCGUCAAAGACCUGCUUCUCUGUCAGUCAGCGUCAGACCUGGAGAUGGACAGGCUGUGUCUGUGUGUCGCUCUGACUGCACUCUUCAGUGCUGCUUCCUGUGGAGAGACAGGGGUCUCUGGAGCCGAGGUGGAGCAGAGAGUCAGACCAGGAGACAACGUUACUCUCCACUGUGACUGCAGAGUAUCAACUGGGGUGUACGUGGUGUGGUACAGGAACUGCUCUCAUAGGAACCAGCCUCCUCUGGUCACGUACACAUAUAAUAACAACAAAAACAACAUGUUCCUUCAAUAUGACCAACUUCUUAACCCCUUCCCUGGUUUUACUCUGGUGUGGAACAAGUCCAACAACACCUAUGAUCUCCUGAUUGAGAACGUGACUGAGUCUGACCUGGGACUCUACUACUGUGGGACUGUGGAGUGGAAGGUGGUGGAAACAGACAAGAUAAAAGAGGAGACAAACUAUCUUUAUGGAGAUAUAACCAUCAGUCUUUCAUUUGUUCCUGAGCCGGCUCCUUCAGAGCCAGCCUGUCAUCCUGAUCCAGAGAAGGAUCUGUUCUGGAUCCUGCUGCUCACUCUGUGUCCUGGCUGUGCUCUCCUCUCCUCCAUCCUCUCCUCCAUCCUGGUCUACCACUACUGCUGCAGGACGACCGCAUCAAAGGAACCUCAAGGAGAUUGCAGGACUGACACCAGGAUGAGAGAGAGCAGAGUGCAGCAGGAAGGAGACCAGUGUUACGCUGCACUGGAUUUCCCCCAGGGACAGAGGAGACCAAAGAAGAAGAGGAGGACUCAGAGCUCUGACUUCAGUACCUACUCAGCCAUCAAGACUAGUGGGGUGUGAGGAGAAAGAGCUGCACUUGCAGCACCACACAUGGCUACAAGGGGGAGGGAGAGGAAACAUGAAAAGAUUUGUUGAAACGUUUGAGUUGAAAUGUUUUCAACAAAAAUAGUUAGCUUAUUUUGAUAUGCAAUGCUUUUUUGAUCCACAUGACUUAGUUAAUAAGAAUUUGGGCAAUUACUUUGUAUAGUUUUUAUUUUUAAAGAAAACAGUGUUAUGAUCAGCUUCACCUGUUACAAUAAAUUAAAUAAUUAUUAUAUUUAAAUGUGUUGUCUAAAAAAAUACUGGCCCCAAUAUGGAGUUCAAUUAUAUUUUUGUUGAAUUGUCUGAAUGACUGAAUGAAAGAUCCUGUUUUGACAAGUCCUAUGAAAAAACGUAGCUUUACCUCAAGACAUUUUAUGGAUCAUUUUUAUUAAUGUUAUGUUAUACAUCCAUUAGUCUGUGAGGAGAUUCACAAACGCAUCGGAUGAGGAUGUCGUUUUUCAUACUCAGAUAUGGUUUUUGUUUGUUAUAUAAAAAAAGAAAAUAAAAACUGUUUAAGUACGACACAAAGGCUGUUAUUUGAUUGCUGGACAGGUUGGACUGGGUGUGUAUUUGUAGCCUGGCAGCCAGCCCAACUUCUCCCCGCCCAAAAAAGAAUUUGGUCGGGAAGUUGGGUCUGG